AUGAAGGUGGUAACAAAAACCGACUCCGGGCCAGUGGCAGGCUGCGGCGUCCUAUACCUGCCACGGCGCCUUGCCGACCUCGGAAUACCCUGGGUUGUGCCGCGCUGCGCCUCCGCCUGCGCCGAGGCCAUCAACAACGGCCACAGCGCCGAGGACCUCGCCAAUAUAAACUUCUCCUCCUUCGCUGGCAUGGCCUGA